AAGUUAGAAUGCGUACUAGUGACAGUGUGAAACACUUGUUCGCUAGGCUGGUUUCUUCACUCGGUCGUGCAACUGCCACACGCGAAUUCAAAUGGAUGAAACAAGCUUUGAUCCCAUCUCAUUCUCUCACACUUCCCGCCAUGCUCCAGCGCAGGUUGAGUGGAGAACCACUUCAAUAUAUCUUAGGCACUACGCCAUUUGGUCCACUUGACCUGCUGACAAGGCCUCCAACAUUAAUACCUCGUCCCGAGACAGAAGACUGGACUCUUCGCCUUGCGGAUAUGUUAUCGCCGACCCCCCACCGUCCGCUAACCGUCCUCGACCUAUGUACUGGCACCGGCUGCAUACCUCUUUUAUUAUGUCAUCUCUGGCCACCAGGCAGCACUCGCGCUUAUGGCCUAGACAUAUCUAAAGACGCGAUCCGCUUAGCCAUGGAUAAUGCUGCACGUUGCAACAUUCCAUCAUCCCAGCCCUCGUCCCUGACUCCAUACAGUCAAAACGUAUUCAUUCCAGUGCUUGGUGAUCUCCGUGAUCCAGACGUCUUCAAAUACCUCCUGCCGCCAUUCGACAUUAUUACGGCGAAUCCUCCUUACAUUCCAAAACGAGAGUACGACGAGCUUCCUAUAUCAGUCAAGGAUUACGAAGAUCCUGCCGCAUUGUUGGGCGACCCCCCAGAUUCCGAGGAACAGGAUGGCCUCACUUACUAUCGUCUCAUUUCGCAGCUUCUCAGACAAAAAGGGAUGUUGCGGGACGGUUCAAUCGUGGCAUUGGAAGUGGGCCGAGCUCAAGCAGAUGCGGUCGAGGGCAUACUCCAGCAGUCAGCAGGCUUGCGAAACACGCAAGUAUGGAAAGACCCAUGGAAUGUCAAACGUGUCGUCCUUGCACGCACUUGAGGAUACUCACAUACACGUGGCGUGUCCUCGAGUGAUCGACGCUCUUCUAAUCUCCAGAUGCGCGUAAUAAUAGCAAUCUUACUCCGUUUCUGCCGUGACUCAUGACGUCCGAUAUAUGAAGUUUCUACCGCUUCCCUCGACAACGACGUGGUUGACCUAUGAUCGAACUAUUGAG